AUGAUCUGCAAUACCUGUCGCCGCGCAGCAAUGCGCUCUGCUCGCCUUCCUCUGCGCACCCUCAUCCGCGCUCCUCCGGCCAUCACCCGCAUUACAACACAGACACCUACAUCAACGCCCCGAAGACUUCUCUCGACUUCUACAUCUCGAUUCUCUGCUGCCGUUGAGGAAGAGCCCGAUCUGCCUUCCAUGAGCCCCGCUGAAUCAGCCAUCGCCGAAAUACUCUCCGAGAAGCUUCAGCCCACCGAGCUACUUGUCCAAGAUGUCUCGGGUGGUUGUGGGAGCAUGUAUGCCAUCGAUAUCACAUCCCCUGCUUUCAAGGGCCAGACAAUUCUCAAGCAGCAGCGCAUGGUGAAUGCUGCUCUUGGCGACCUUGUCAAGGGCUGGCACGGCGUUCAGAUCCGGACCAAGGUUCCCUCUGCUUAA